GAAGAAGAAGAAUUUCUUUUCUUUUUUCUGUCUUCCAUAGUGGUAUCAAUAAAGUUGUGUCUCGACACGGGUUUUGGGGAAAAUAGGACAGGAAGUUAACAUUUGGGGUAAAUAUUAGUGUCAGUUCUUGUUUUCGAAUAUAAAGGGAACCUUUCAUCUGAAAAUUAUUUUUUGAAGAAUAAACUGCGUUGAAGAACCGAGAACAGCGUCACAUCGUCUGUGUAGCUAGCUAGCUAGCUAGCUGCAUGGCCGAAGCCCCAAGUACAGGCGUGUUGGAACUGAAUCCGGAUUCCGCCGAGUUUGUUCCUCGUGACAGGCACAACCAGCACCAGCCCAGAAGAGGUAGGCCCAGGCCAGACCCCAACUGGAGACGGAGUGACCACCAUGCUUCCAAUCAACAGCAGCCACAUCUUUCCGCCAAUGAACCACCCCGAUAUCAGGAGCACUACGGGGGCCCAAGAAAUCAUAAUUCUCUCCACAGUCAAGAAGAUGGAGUCAGAGGAAAGGGAAGAGGACGAGGAAGACCGAGUGGUAGUGGCAGAUUGUCGGGGGGACAUAGCUUCCAAAACCAAAGAUGGCAGAGGCCUGGUAAUGGCAGGGAUUUCCAGGUUGAAAGCCCCCCUACCCCUUUAGGUGGUUACCGGGCAGAGACCCCUCCAACUGACAGAUCUGGCAUAGAUGGUCCAAGCUGGCGGAGAGAGAGCAGGAGGGACACUGAUGACGGGUCGACUCGGGAGGACCGCCGUGACGAUCCCCCCAAGAAACCCAGGAGGUUCGCUCAAGAGCCCAGGAGAGGUGGAGAGGGGAAGGCUACAAGAGGGCCAGCCCGCAACGAAACCCAAGAUGGCCGCAUCGCCGACGGAGACUGGGACGACGACCCCAGGGCCGCGGCGGUGACAGCUCGGGCGGAACCAGGAGCGAGAAACAGAGGGGGAUGGAAGACAGGGGGCAGGAACCCUCGCUUUGACCCCAGGAAGAAGGCCCCGCCGCCCAGGGAGUGGCAGGGUGGGAGGCACGACUCGCCUCGUGAGGGUUCAGAGGCGGACGUGAAUGCGGAAGUCUCCGCCCACUGCUCUGCGCUCCCCGCUGAUGCGGCAGGAUUAGGUGGGGGGCGGGAGUCCAGCUGGAGGAGCGGGAGGGGUCAGGGGAGGCGAACGCCGCUGCAGCAGGACCAGGGGCAGAGGAGGCCGCCGAAUUCGGAGCAAAGGAGGGGUCAGAGUAAGAAGGUGGAGGUGCCCAAAAGCAAAGAGACACAGACGGGUUGCCUGAUCGAGCAGCUGUCUGAGGAGAAGUACGAGUGCAUGGUGUGCUGUGACAUCAUCCGGCUCAUGGCCCCAGUCUGGAGCUGCCUGAGCUGCUUCCACGUCUUCCACCUCAACUGCAUCAAGAAGUGGGCCCGCUCCCCGGCCUCACAGGCAGAGGAUGGGAAUGAAGGAUGGAGGUGUCCUGCCUGUCAGAAUGUUGCCUCUCGCCCACCUAACUCCUACGUGUGCUUCUGUGGGAAAGUGACCAACCCAGAGUGGCGGCGGAACGAGAUCCCGCACAGCUGUGGAGAAAUGUGCGGGAAGAAGAGGAGUGGAGUCGACUGCAACCACCCCUGCAACAUUUUGUGUCAUCCUGGACCGUGUCCCCAGUGUCCCGCCUUUGUCAACAAAGCCUGCGUUUGUGGGAGAACAAACCAACCGGUGCGCUGCGGCCAGUCGGCCUCCAUCAGCUGCGGGGCGGUGUGUGGUGCCACGCUCAACUGCGGGGAACACAGCUGCGCUGAGGUCUGCCAUGGCGCCCAGUGCCAGCCCUGCCCGCUGCUCACCAUGCAAGUGUGUUACUGCGGAGUGCAGUCACGGAAGGUGCCGUGCGGAACGGAUCGGGAUAAGUCUGACGGGGCUGGGUACUUCUCCUGUCAGAAGCUCUGUGGAAAACAGCUGGACUGCGGGAACCACCGCUGCCAGCAGCCCUGCCACCCCGGACCGUGCCCGUCCUGCCCCCGGUUGCCCAGGCAAGUGCGCAGUUGCCCCUGUGGCCAGACGCCUCUCUCCAAACUGCUGGAGCUGGGCUACUCCGAGAGGCGCGGCUGCACAGAUCCCAUCCCCUCCUGCGGGAAGACCUGCGGGAGGCCCCUGCCCUGUGGGUCUGACGACACCAUCCACACUUGUGAGAACAUGUGCCAUGAAGGUCGCUGUGGACCCUGCUCUCUCACCUCCACCAUCAAGUGCAGAUGUGGCUUCAAAACUAAAGAAGUUUCCUGCACAUCAAUACAGAAUGAAGGUGAGCUUGUAUUUACCUGCGAGAGGCGCUGCAGCAAGAAGAGGUCUUGUGGCCGACACAAGUGUAAUGAACUCUGCUGUGUGGAUAAAGAGCACCGCUGCUCCCUCAUCUGCAGUUAUAAGCUCAACUGUGGCUUACACCGCUGCCAGGACCCCUGUCACCGUGGCAACUGCCAGCCCUGCUGGCAAAGCAGCUUCGAUGAGCUGACGUGCCACUGUGGAGAAACGAUCAUGUACCCACCCAUACCGUGCGGCACCAAACCACCCGAGUGCAAGAACCUCUGCACCCGGAGACACGAGUGCGAUCACCCAGUUUUUCACAACUGCCACAGUGACGAGAAGUGCCCUCCGUGUACCUACCUCACCCAGAAAUGGUGCAUGGGGAACCACGAGCGAAGGAGCAACAUCCCCUGCCACCUGGCGGACAUCUCCUGUGGCCUGCCCUGCAACGGGCUUCUCCCGUGCAGCAUGCACCGCUGCCCCCGCAUCUGCCACCGCGGGGACUGCCUCUCUGAGGGCGGCUGCAGGCAGCCGUGCGCCUCUCCCCGCCCGGAGUGUGGGCACCCCUGCGGGGCCCCCUGCCACCAGGGCUCCCCCUGCCCGCGAGUCACCUGCACAACCAAGGUGGCGUUGCAGUGCGACUGCGGCCGCAGGAAGGAGACUGUCGUCUGUGCUGAGGCCGCCAGCUCAUACCAGAGGAUUACUGCCAUCGCCAUGGCAAGCAAGUUGUCAGACUUGCAGUUGUGUGAUUCUGUGGACAUUGGUCAGCUCAUCACCAAGAAGGAGCUAAAACAUACCAGGUUGGACUGCGACCAGGAGUGUGCGGUCCUGGAGAGAAACAGGCAAUUGGCAGAGGCCUUGCAAAUCGACCAGUCUGCAGACCCCUUCAGUGUCCGCUCCUCCUCCAAGUACAGCGAUAGUCUCAAGGAAGAUGCCAGAAAAGAACUUAAAUUUGUUAGUGAGGUGGAAGAGGAAAUUAAGAACUUGGUGGAACUUGCAAACAAGGGGAAACAGACGAAGAGAAGCCAUUGUUUCCCACCUAUGAACAGAGAGCACCGUAAGAUCAUACACGAGCUGGCUGAGGUGUACGGCAUAGAAAGCGUGAGCUACGACAGUGAGCCCAAGCGCAAUGUGGUGAUUACUGCUGUAAGAGGGAAAGCAGCCUGUCCCAACUUGACUCUGACUGCUGUCAUUGAGAGGGAGACAGCAGGGAGAGCUCCACCACCUAUCGCCCACAUCAAACAACACAGCAGCAAGAAUGACUGUGGGAGCAACUGGCUGAAGGCAGUCAAAGAGGAGCCUACCAUUGACUACUUUGAUGUCCAGGAUUGAUCUUGGCCAUGAACAUGAAAGCUGUUAAUCCAGUGCAUCAACAUCAAAUAAAACUAGAGAAUGUUUGCCA